GCGGCCUCGAGGGGUGACGGAAAGAGCCGAACGUCCCCGAGAGGCGCCGAAGCGCGACCGGAAGGAGCCGAACGCGGCCGGAAGGAGCCGAGCGCCGUGAGGGAGACGGCGGCGCCUAAGAUGGCGGCGGCGGCGGAGGAGCCGUGCGACCUGUGCGGCGCCGCGGCGGCACCUUACACCUGCCCGCGCUGCAACCGCCGCCUCUGCUCCCUGCCCUGCUACCGGGGCCACGGCGGCUGCGCCGAGGCCUUCUACCGGCAGCAGGUGCUGGAGGCGCUGGAGGCCGAGCGCGGCGGCCCCCCUCCGGGCCGGGCCCGGCUGGAGGCGGCGCUGAGGCGGCUGCAGCAGCUACGCGAGGCCGAGGAUGAGGAGGCGCCGCUAGGCCGCGGCCUCUGGGAGCGCCUCAGCCCGCAGGAGCAGGCCGCUUUCCAGCGCCUGGUGGAGACGGGCGACGUGGCCGCCUUGGUGCCGCCUUGGAGACCGUGGUGGUGGCGGCGGAGCCGCCCGGAGCGGCUGGUGGAGGAGGUGGGGGAGCCCCCGGGAGAAGGAGGAGAGGAGGAGGAGGAGGACGAAGGCCCCGCGCCGCCCGCCGCCGUGCCCCCGCUGCUCUCGCUGCGCCGCCAGCCGCCAUCGCCGCUGCUGCGCUUCCAGGUGCCCAACGCGCUGUGUGGCUACGCCUUCGCCCUGGCGCUGCACAACGGCGACGAGGCGCUGCUGCCCGAGCUGCCCGCCGCCGCCCUCGACGUCUCCGGCGCCCUGGGCGCCCGGCAGGUCUUCGCCUCCACCGCCGAGGCCUUGCAGGCCGCGCUGGCCGCCGUGGCCGCCCGCGGCUACCCGCAGUGUCCGCUGGGCGCCGCGGGGCCGGCGCGGGCGGCGGCGCAGCUGCUGCGGGGCGAGCGGGCGGCGGCGGCGGCGCUGGGCCACCUCGCCGGGCUGCUGCGCCGGGCGGCGAAGCUGCUGCCGCCGGAGGAGCGGCGGCGGUUCCGCGGCGCCGGGAAGAAGUGCGAGUUCCUGGCGGCCUGGAGCCGCGAGAACCCCGGCGUCCUGCGGCUGCUGGCGGCCGAGGCCGAGGCCGAAGCCGAGCGGCACCGGCGGGCGCUGGGCGAGGUGAGCGCUGGCAGCCGGCGCCUGGAGAGCGUCUGGGGCGGCAAGCGGCCCCCCGAGAGGAAGCCCCUCGUCGAGGAGCUGGACUAACGAGCGGCCCUCGUCAAGGAGCCGGGCUAACGAGCGCCCGGAAGGGCCCCUUGUCAGGGAGUCGGGCUAACGAGCGCUGGAAAGAGGUGCCACUCAUCGAGGAAUUGGACUAAAGAGCUCCAAAAUGACACUGCAGAAGAACCCACUCAUUAAGGAAUUGGGCUAACGAGCCCCCCAAACCACCACCAGGCAAGGAGCCGCUCAUUAAGGAAUUGGGCUAACGAGCCCCCCAAACCACCACCAGGCGAGGAGCUGCUCAUUAAGGAAUUGGGUUAAUGAGCCCCAAAAAUGACACUGGGGAAGGAGCUGCUCGUCAAGGAACUGGGCUAACGAGCCCCCAAAAUGCUGCUGGGGAAGGAGCCGCUCAUUAAGGAAAAGGGCUGACGAGCCCCCAAAAAUGACAGUGGGGGAGGAUCUGCUCAUUAAGGAAAUGGCCUAACGAGCCCCCCCCAAAUCACCACUGGGUGAGGAGUUGCUCAUUAAGGACCGGGGCUAACGAGCCCCCCAAAUCACCACUGGGUGAGGAGUUGCUCAUUAAGGAAAUGGCCUAACGAGCCCCCCCAAAUCACCACUGGGCGAGGAGCUGCUCAUUAAGGACCGGGGCUAACGAGCCCCCCAAAAGCAUUUCCUUGAGGAAGGAGCCGCUCGUUAAUGAACCGGCCUAACGAACAUCCGAAAGACGCCCCUGAGGGAAGGACCCGCUCGUUAGGGAACGGGGCUAACGAAGAGCUCCCCGAUGAACAGAGCUAAUGCUGGGCUGCAUGCAGGGCGGGUGGGGGGACCCUGGCUAAAUAAACCCCAGUGGGCCAGGCCGCUAACGAGCAGCA